AUGUAUUCGUAUGUGUAUAAUCGUAAGAUAUUUGGCGAUGAGAUUCCUCCUUCAAUUGAGAUCCGAAACAGCAGUAACAACAUCUUGCCAAGAUUUCUAAACCACAAACCAUAUCACAAAGUGGAUUUGAGAGUGUUGGAGGAGUUACCGGCCAAUUAUCCAAUAUACUGUCGUGAGAUUAGUGAAGUUAAGGAGAUAAUAUUCGCUGAUGAAAUUGUCGCAGUCCUGAUGAAAUCUGGUCUAGCGAGGGCUUUUAAUUUGAUUUCCGGAGUAUUAAAAUGUGAAUUGAAUCCACACAUCAACUCUAUACACUUCCCAUGUGUACAUACCAUAGUGUAUAAUAAGAAGAAUGACACAUUAAUAAUUGCUUAUUCGUCACUUCCCUCACAUUUGCAAUGUAAAGUCAUUUACUGCCACUGUUUGAAUGAGGGGAAGAUUAAGAGUCCCACUUUUAGCUUUAAUUUCGAACAAGUAAUACUAAGUCAUCCAGCAUACUUUGAAUUCUGCGAGAAUAAUAAGAGGAUAGCGGCAGCGGAUUUAACUAAUAAUACAUAUAAAUUUUGGGACAUGAUAACGUAUACGUAUUUAUAUGAGAUAAAGGGAAGAGAGCGUCAAGAGAUACGAGUAUCAGAUGGACUUUUGGUCAUGUUAGAUCAACCUAACGAUGAUUACAUUUCAUUAAGUCUCUUCGACAUUGAAAACGGUGCCAAAUUGGUUCCCGCGAUACCUUUAUUUAUUCUUCAGAUUGACAGUAUAAUUAAUAUUAUACCCAAAAAACCUCUGCAGUUUCUCGAACUACUCGUCUCACAAAUCUUGAUAAAGCAGGAGGGUCAGUUGUUUAGUGUGAUUGACAUCUUGAGAAAUAAGAAGACCGUUGGACUAAACACGAUUUAUUUCAAGCCUCGGGGAUUUGUAUUCUUCGACGCGCCGUAUGUGCCUCCGAAUACCAAGUCUUAUGAAAUCAAUUAUACUCGAAGGUUCUUCACCAUCUCCUCCAACUCCAUUGAAUUCUGGCAACUUUCUCCCACUCAGCUAACUCAAACCACAUCAAUCAACGUUCCAGGAGUGGAGAAUCCGGAUUUAUGUUGUCAUUCUAUAAUGUCGGAUAUGUUUUGUAUAAAAUGCCUUGAUCCUGAUACGCUUACACGUGUUGAAAGCAACAGUGAAUCCACGCCUUUAAAUUCGCCUAAACUGAUUUAUCCAUUUUCGCCAAGAAAAAUCUCAAUUUUGAACCAUUUAAACAGGUUUUUGCGUGUUCAACAUUCCACAGGGGUUUCCGUGUGUUUAACAGAUUUUACAGGUUUCGUAUUCAAGAUGAAACGCUUAGAAUUUACAAGUACUCAAUUUUAAUCUUUUCGCUUGGUGGAGAAUACCUUGGCAAAAUCCCAAAUGAGCUUUACAACAUCACUUCACUUGGUUGUUCACCAGAUCUCAAGAUAAUUGCAUGUGGUUCCUCAGACGGUGUCGUAACGAUACUUUCCAACAAAUUUUAA